CAAUACAUAUAUAGGUUUUCUUUUUUCUUUCGUAACGAAUUUCUUCCUUUCUCAUCGAUCAUUAGUCUCUGUCUCUAUAGUUUCAUCUCAUUUCGGGCAUCACAUUGUUCGUGUUAAUCAUGGCCUCAACUCCUCAACAGCCUUCAAAUGGCUUCAGAGAAGAGCGAGACACAUUUGGGCCAAUUCAAGUUCCUGCUGAUAAGCUGUGGGGCGCGCAAACUCAAAGAUCAUUGCAGAAUUUUGAAAUUGGCGGGGAGCGCGAGCGGAUGCCGGAGCCAAUAAUUCGUGCCUUCGGCGUCCUCAAGAAAUGUGCGGCAAAGGUGAACAUGGAAUACGGGCUUGAUCCAGCCAUUGGUAAGGCCAUCAUGCAGGCUGCACAAGAAGUGGCGGAUGGAAUGCUAAAUGAACAUUUUCCACUCGUCAUUUGGCAGACUGGUAGUGGUACUCAAAGCAACAUGAAUGCUAACGAGGUUAUUGCCAAUAGAGCUGCUGAAAUCCUUGGCCAUAAGCGUGGUGAGAAGUAUGUGCACCCAAAUGACCAUGUUAAUAGAUCACAAUCUUCCAAUGACACUUUUCCAACUGUGAUGCACAUAGCAUCUGCAAUGGAAAUAAACUCAAGAUUGUUGCCAAAUUUGAAGACUUUGUAUGCUACUGUACAUACAAAGUCUAUUGAAUUCAAGGAUAUCGUUAAGAUUGGGCGUACUCAUACUCAAGAUGCAACCCCAUUGACGCUUGGUCAAGAGUUUAGUGGCUAUAGCACCCAAUUGCAAUAUGGAAUUGAUCGUGUCACUUGCACUCUACCCCGCAUGUAUCAGCUUGCUCAAGGUGGAACCGCAGUUGGAACUGGCUUGAACACCAAGAAAGGGUUUGAUGCAAAGAUUGCUCAAGCUGUAGCUGAAGAAACUAGACUACCAUUUGUUACAGCAGAGAACAAAUUUGAAGCUCUGGCUGCACAUGAUGCUUUUGUUGAAUGUAGUGGAGCUCUCAACACCAUUGCUACUUCAUUGAUGAAGAUUGCCAAUGAUAUACGCUUCCUAGGAAGCGGUCCAAGAUGUGGGCUUGGCGAACUUACUCUUCCAGAAAAUGAGCCUGGUAGCAGUAUCAUGCCGGGGAAGGUUAAUCCCACUCAAUGUGAGGCACUUACUAUGGUCUGUGCUCAGGUUAUGGGGAACCAUGUGGCCUUAACUGUUGGUGGAUCAAAUGGCCACUUUGAGUUGAAUGUAUUCAAGCCUAUGAUUGCUAGUAACCUCCUUCAUUCGGUAAGAUUGCUUGGAGAUGCAUCUGCUUCGUUUGAAAAGAACUGCGUGAAGGGAAUUCAAGUCUACGUUUGUCGUUCUGGAUCGGCUGCUGAUUCCCAGAUUGUUUCUGACUAUGUACGAUACUUCUUGCAUCAACACACAAUACAACUGGGACAGCCUGCAACAGUGAAAGUUGCUGCAAACCUUGUCCGAUUAAUAUCUUAUGGCAAUAAGAACAUGCUACAAACUGGUCUCAUUAUUGGUGGAUGGGACAAGUAUGAAGGCGGGAAAAUUUAUGGAGUUCCUCUUGGUGGAACAUUGGUAGAGGCACCCUUUGCUAUUGGAGGAUCUGGCUCCAGUUACUUAUAUGGGUUCUUUGAUCAAGUUUGGAAAGAAGGCAUGACCAAAGAGGAAGCUGAGCAAUUAGUGGUGAAGGCAGUUUCCCUUGCCAUAGCAAGAGAUGGCGCAAGCGGUGGUGUCGUUCGCACUGUAGUUAUCAACUCUGAUGGAGUGACGAGAAACUUCUACCCUGGUGACACUCUACCUCUGUGGCAUGAAGAGUUGGAGGCACAGAACUCGUUACUGGAUAUACUCAAUGCACAAGGACAAAGCCCUGAGCCAAUGAACAUCUGAAGGAAGGUAUGACGUUGGUAGAUGCUGUUGGCAUUUCGUAGUUAUGCCCGAAAACCCCUUUCAGUAUCAGUUGGUUUGGUUCUAUGUACUCCUUCCAUUUCUAAAAAAGGUUCUGGGUUUAUGAAUAUCCUGAUGAGCUGCUGCAUUUGUAAUGUACUGUUUUGGCUCUUUUACGGUUGUUAGUGAAUUACUUCAGAUCUUCUGUUUUACUCUGUUGGAUUGAUUUACUUCAUCCCUCGUCACAUCCAACUGUUAACCAUAUAAGAAAUGGUCCUUCAACAUUGGCCCUGGUAUCCGGUGCUUGCAACACCAUCUGUAAAGACGUCCUUACAGCGUCCGCUGCAGUCCUCUCGGGCGCUAGGUAGUUGAUAUAAUCGGUUUGGUACAUCAAUAUGGCGUAUAUGAACACACUUCAUUUACUGUAAGAUGAUGUGCAAGUCUUAUAGUUUAUGAGCAUGUUUGCUGUUCUGUGACACCUUCGAAUGGUGUUUUCUCUAUGUGGCGGUGUUGAAUUUCCUGUGGCCUCGAGAUCACUGAUCGAAUGACCUGCAUGCAAUGUCAUUUCUCUGUCUAAUCUAGAAUUGUCUUCGAUUGAUUUUUGUUAACCACCAUAUCGAUGGUGACGUGUAUGUGA